UUCAUGCGAGUUCAAUUUUGGACGACGUUGAACAGCCUCUUUCAACUAAGGUUAUCAAUUGGGCCUUGGCGUGCACAUCGUUUCGUGUCGAAAAGACUUAAAAAUGCGUUACGUGGCCGCAUACCUCCUACUCGCCCUUGGCGGCAAACCCAAUGCUUCAGCUGCUGAUGUGAAGAAAGUUCUCCAGAGUGUCGGAGUCGAGAUCGACGAUGAGAAGCUCGGUAUCGUCAUCAAGGAGCUGGAAGGCAAGAAAGUGAAGGAUCUGAUCGAAGAGGGCAAAUCCAAGCUGGCAUCGAUGCCUGCCGGAGGCGGAGGAGCCGCUCCUGCUGCCGGUGGUGGUGCUGCUGCCGGUGGAGCCGCAGAGGAGAAGGUGGAAGCAAAGAAGGAGGAGAGCGAGGAGGAAUCUGAUGACGACAUGGGCUUUGGUCUCUUCGAUUAGAAUGCCGCUUGAUUCGAAACUAUGGCAAGAAACGCUGACAAAAGGAGAAAAUGUUGCAACAUUGUGGACUUCCAUCUUGUAUUUUGUAUAGCUAUUGGAGCAUUUGAUAUCCCUCAAAUUCUGUAAUAUAUUAUAAUAAAUACACUACAGUUGUAACAUCAA